ACCACCAAAGUUCUUCUUCACCAGUUUAUCUUCUCAAGAAGACCUCGCUUGAGGACUCAGAAAAAGCCCUUAUAAAUUAGGAGAAGUUAAAAGACAAGAAUCAGCGUAUUUCGUGGGUACGUACUGCGUCGUAAUCAUAUGGCGGAAAUGGCUGAGGAGUCGAAUAGAAUGAUAUCCACGAUGACGAUGAUAGACGAAACGUACGAGUUCUCGGCGCCGCGGUUCUACGAUUUUAUAAAGGGAGAGACGGAGGAAGAAGUCAUAAAAGCCGAGCUUUGGUUCGACUCCGCUCUCACCUACGCUCCUUCCCCUUGUAUGCCUAGAAUCAGGACUGGUAGAUCUUUUACAGUUGAGAGCUUAUGCAGCUUCAAUGAAGCUGACCAAAUAAUGCAAAAGACCUCAGAGUCAUCACACCCAAAGGCUACUGAUAGUAACUCAGAAGCUAAACCUCAAGGAGAGGUUAUGCCCGCUGAAACCAAGAAACAAGAAGUAACACCCAUUGAGGCCAAAGAACAAAAUAGCGCCCAAGUUUCUGCUGAUAAAGUGAUUGGUGAAGAUGAUAAGGGAGAAGGUGCAUGCACCGAAGAAACUGGAAGAGUUUGUGCUGGAAGAGCUCCUGCCAGUGUGAAAAUAGAAGCUAGUGAUGACAAGUCGAAUUGUAAAUCCAGUGUUAAUGUAGGAACUGAAGCUUGCACACCUAAGCCUACAAUGACUUCUCGAAAGGGAGACCUGAUGACUGAUUCGAAGAAACACCAAACAGCUAAAAAGAUAGCCAGUUUGGUUAGGAACCCAUCAGCAUUAAAGCCUAGAAAUCAAUUACAGUCAUCCCAUGCCAAAAGCAUCAAACCAUCCAGUGUGAAGAGGGAGGCAAUUAUGAAAAACCCUGCUGGGACUCCCAAUUUAGCUCAAGAGAACCAGGCCAUUAAGCGGCAGAAGUUGGAAGGAGGAAAAACUAGACAGAUACUUAAUGUCAAACCUCAACUUUUGCCCCACAAGUCAAAACUGGGUCUUACCAGUAGCACUUCCAACUUAUGCUCUUCAGCUGCUAAUAAAACUACCAAAGAGGACAGAAAGGUUUACGUACGGGAACCAGCCAAACCAUUUGUUUCAAUGGCAGAAAUGAUGAAGAAGUUCGAGUCAAGUACCAGAGACUUGUCACUGCCACCCGUUAAUACUUCUCUCUCACAUAUGAAGACUAGACUCACAUUGACAAGGCCCAAGGAUCCUGAACUUGAAACUGCCCAACGGGUUCGUUCCAUCAGAGUAAAAAGUACUGCUGAGCUUGAGGAAGAAAUGAUGGCUAAAAUUCCGAAGUUCAGAGCUCGACCACUAAAUAAAAAGAUGCUCGAAGCUCGAACUUUACCUGCAAUACCAAGAACUACACCGCAGCCACCAGAGUUUCAGUUGUUGCAGGAAUUCCAUUUGGAGACAAUGGCAAGGGCCAAUCAGAAUGCAGAAUCAGCUUCUGUGGCUUCGACAGAAUUGUCCCAUCAGAAUAAUCCAUGGAAGCCUCAUCUGACUGCACCAAAAAGCCCUUUACUUCAGACAUUAUUGAGGGCUCGUCCCCCUCGGGUGAAAAGCUCUUUUGAACUUGAGCAAGAGGAGCUUGAAAAACUACCUAAAUUUAAGGCGAAGCCUUUGAAUAAGAAGAUCUUUGAAAGCAAAGGGGAUUUGGGAAUGUUCUGUAAUGCAAAGAAACACGUUACUGUACCUCAAGAAUUUCAUUUUGCAACGGAUGAGAGAAUUCCACCGUCUGUUGCUGUUGUUGAUUUGUUUGACAAGCUUUCUUUGAAUUCAGAACCUCGUCAUGAUAAUCCGAUUCCAAGAAACACUACUCCAAAUCCAUUCCACCUUCACACAGAGGAAAGAGGGGCCGAGAAAGAGAGGAGAUUGUAUAUGGAGCUCAGGCAGAAACAGUUGGAAGAGGAAAGAGCAAGGGUUCCCAGGGCAAACCCGUACCCAUAUACCACUGACUAUCCUGUGAUUCCACCAAAGCCGGAGCCCAAGCAUUGCACAAAACCAGAACCUUUCCAAUUGGAAAGUUUGGUGAGGCACGAGGAGGAAAUGCAAAGGGAAACAGAAGAAAGGAGUAGGGUGGAGAAAGAAGAAGCCCAGAAGAAAAUUUUCAAGGCACUGCCGAUUCUGAAAGAGGACCCUAUUCCAGUUCCAGAGAAAGUGCGCAAACCCCUCACUCAAGUUCAGGAAUUUAAUCUCCAUGUAGAUAAUCGAGCUGUGGAUAGAGCUGAGUUUGAUCAAAAGAUCAAAGAAAAAGAAAUGAUGUAUAAGAGAUACAGAGAAGAGAGCGAGGUGGCACGGAUGAUGGAGGAAGAGAAGGCCCUGAAACAAUUGAGAAGGACAUUGGUUCCCCAUGCAAGACCAGUGCCUAAUUUCAACCAGCCUUUCUGCCCCCAAAAGUCUUCCAGGGAAACAACAAAGGCAAAAUCACCGAAUUUGCGUGUGCUACAGAGAAAAGAAAGGCGAAAAGCGUUCAAUGCUGUGGCUACUGCAGUUUCAAGUGCCGCUGCUCAUAUGAGAUAGAUGAUUGUUGGUUGAUUCAUGAGUGGGAAUAGUGUUCAAGAACUCUUGAACCCCUCGUAGAGAAGGGCCCUCUGUACACACACACCACCUUUAAUGUAGAACUUUUCUUUGUUGCCAAUUUGUAAUGUACUAUUAUUAUUCUUUUUAAAGCCAUGUUUUCUUAGAAAGAAAGUGUAAAACUGUAAUUUCCGACUGAGAGAUAUAAUGCAAUAUUAUUUUUCCAUGCGCA